AUGACCGACCUCAGCACGGGCAUCAUCAAGGGCCAACCGGGCGACCUGACGCUCCUCAAGCCGACCGUCAUCCCCGGCGUCCCUCUGGUCCUGGAGCGCAUUCGCAAGACCAUCUUUGAGAAGCUGAGCAAGCGCUCUCCGGUGCUCCACUACCUCGCCCUGUGGCUCGUCGACUACAAGACCUUCUGGCUGGAGAACGGCUACCAGACGCCGGUCUUUGACUGGCUGGUGAGCACCAAGUUUCGCGCCGUCUUCGGCGGCAACGUCGAGUACAUGCUGAUUGGCGGGGCGCAACUGAGUCCGGACACGCAGCGCAUCAUGCGCGCCCUGCUCAAUGUUCAGAUUUUGAUUACCUUCUGGCUGGAGAACGGCUACCAGACGCCGGUCUUUGACUGGCUGGUGAGCACCAAGUUUCGCGCCGUCUUCGGCGGCAACGUCGAGUACAUGCUGAUUGGCGGGGCGCAACUGAGUCCGGACACGCAGCGCAUCAUGCGCGCCCUGCUUAAUGUUCAGAUUUUGAUUUUUCGCGCCGUCUUCGGAGGCAACGUCGAGUACAUGCUGAUUGGCGGGGCGCAACUGAGUCCGGACACGCAGCGCAUCAUGCGCGCCCUGCUCAAUGUUCAGAUUUUGAUUGGCUACGGCUCCACCGAGACCUGCGGCGCCAACAUGGUCAUGGACCUGGAGGACCUGAGCAUCGGCUGGACCGGUGCCCCGCUCUUCGGCAUCAAAAUUCGCCUCGUCGACUGGCCCGAGGGCGGCUACACGCACGCCGAUAAGCCCUAUCCGCGCGGUGAGCUGCACGUCGGCGGCCAGGCCGUCUCCCCGGGCUACUUUGAGCAGGAGGAGCAGACGAAGGAGGCCUUCUACCGCGACGAGAAGGGCGUCCAGUGGUUCCGCACGGGCGACAUUGUGGAGGUGAACGCCGCCGGCCUGGUGCACAUCAUCGACCGCCGCAAGGACCUGGUGAAGAUGCAGCACGGCGAGUACAUCUCACUCGGAAAGAUUGAAUCCGAGCUCAAAAACUGCCUGAUCGUGGACAACGUCUGCGUGCACGCCGACUCGAAGCACCCCUUCGUCGUCGCCCUGAUCAUGCCCAACUGGAAGGUGGUGAAGGGCCUGGCCGCCGUCUACCUCGCCGAGCAGGAGGAGAAGGCCAAGGGCGGCUCGUCGCCCAGCGGCGGAUCCGCCCCCAACGCCGAAACUCGCAGCAUGAUCGUCCGCACCGCCAGCCAGAUGGAGCCGGACACGGUGGAGAAGGUGCGCACUGAGCCGGCCUUCGUCGCCAAGGUGCUCGCCGAGCUGCAGGACUUCUGCCGGAAGGAGACGACGCUGAGUCGCCUGGAGACGCCGGCGCGCAUCUACCUCUGCAAGGAGGAGUGGAGUCCCGCCAAUGAGCUGCUCACGGCGGCGCUCAAGAUUAAGCGCUUCCAGAUUCUCCACUUUUACGCCGACCAGGUGGCCGCCAUGUACGCCUCGGCCGAGUAA